GGAAGGGCCACUCACUCCCCGACCCUGGUACUCUACUAAAGAUAGGCUGACUUCUGCUGGGCUGAUGUUUAGCAAUGGCAGCCAAAAGCAAGCAGGCAAUGCUGAACGGAAGCCGUAAGGAGGAUAAUGCCCUGCAGAGGGUCUUGUACCUGCCGGUGGUGAAUUCGGCAUGCCACAGUCUCCAGAAGACUUACGCCACUACCAAAAAAUCCCAUCCUCUAGUGGCGUCCGUGUGUGAAGUUUACGAGAGAGGCCUCCAGGGUGCCAGCUCACUUGCCGUGUGGAGCGUCAAGCCAGUGAUGCAGAGGCUAGAACCUCCGCUUGCAGUAGCCAAUGUCUUGGCCUGCCAAGGUUUGGAUCGCUUGGAAGAAAGGAUUCCUGCCCUGCACAAACCAGUGGAAGAAGUUACAUCUGAGCUAAAGGACUCCUUCUGCACUCAUGUCCAAAGUGCUAUGCGCGCCAUAGCUGAUGCCUUGGACAGAAUCUUGGGGCUGGCUGCUGAAAGCUAUGAGCAGACCCAGAAUGCCAUGCGAGACGUAGCUGAGGAUGCCCGGAGUAGCCGAGUGAGCCACUUGGCUGAAGCAGGAGUCGAGACAGCAAUGGGAAAGGUGGAGAAGUUGGUGGACCUCCUUCUUCCAAAAGUGGAGCAUAACUCAGCUCAUGAGAAUUCGGAGGUUCAUGGAUCAAGAGAGGCAUCUCCUUCCAGCAUCUUUGGAAGGAUCAGAGCGCUGGCCAGCAACGUUUUCCAGCAUGCCUACAGACAGACAACCCAAAUUAUCCAACAUACCAGAGACAAGGGACAGGAAUGGGCGGUGUGGAUUCCAGGCCUGGGUGGUUUAGCCAGGCAAAGCUCAACAAAGGCCCAACAGGUCUUCUCUGAUGCACAGAACACGGCAAGUGGCUGGCUAAGCAAAAGGCAAAGGAAGGCACAUGAGAAAGAGGAGGAAAGGAAGGAAGAAGAUGGUGGACCAAGAAAGGCAGUGAAGAGUGAUCAGUCCCGGGGCCUGGUGGGAAACUUGACUCAGAACCUGCAAGCAGCCUCGCUCUCUUCCAUCUCACGUGUGAAGGAGACCCCCGUUGCCGCCUGCAGUGCUGUCGGGCAGCUUCUGCCCUUCUCCCCGCACAGGGCAGUGUCUGAGACGAGCAUGAAAGUGGGCACGUUGUGGGGGAUCCUGCAAAACAUCACCAGCAGCUUCCUGGGAAUAUUCUUUCACUACAUACCAGUUCCAAGGCUGUUGGUGAGGGAAGAGGGGGCUGCAACCGUGAAGGCAGAGGGUUCCAAGACAUGCCAGCGGCAGGAAGGUAGCCAGCCUGCGGCCACUCAUGCCCAGGAGAGGGGGGCUCAUUAUCAGUUGCGAGGAGAGUGGCGAUCGAACCGAGGUCACCAUCCCCUCCCCUUCCUCAACCUUGAUGAGCCACAACAAGCCCCCUUCCAGCGCCGGAGCCCAGCUUUUGAAGCAGAAUACACCGGGGCCCGCAAAUCUGCCUUCUCCCCUUACAAGGAGGUAGCCAGCAGCAGGCGGUUGAGUGAAGGGCAGUACCGCCCCAGCUCAGAGCUUGCAUACAGCAGGGCUCACUACACUGGCCUUUAUGGCACUGUCCUUAAGAAAGACUAAGGGGAUGACAGCCCAACCCCCCCUGCUUAUUCUCUCCCUUCAGUCCAGAUCUGCUAAUCUUUUCCAUCAGCUUUGCAAGCUUUGACAACAAGUUCGUUACAAAUUUGGGCCGUAGCUUGCCGGCCAUGUUGGGGGGGCUGCCGCAGGCUGCAGCUUUAUAGACAUGAACGGAGGGAUAAGAUGAUCCCUGCUGGAUCAGACCAGUGGUCCAUCUGUUGCAGCAUCCUGUCUCUCACAGUGGCCAACCAGUGCUUUGGAGGUCCAAUUACUGGGCAUAGCGGCUGAGGCCUUCCCCAAACAUUGCCUCCUGGCACUGGUAUUCAGAGGUUUACUGCCUCUGAAUGUAGAGGUUCCCUUUAGCCACUGAUAGACCUAUCCUUUAUGAAUCUGUCUAAUCCCCUUUUAAAGCUGUUUAUGCCUGUGGCCAUCGUUACAUCCUUUAGCAGCAGGGCUUUUUUUCAGCUGGAAUGUGGUGGAACGGAG